AAAAUUUCGGUAGAGCGGAUGACAGUUACCAGUGAUUGAUAAAGUCAAUAAUUAAAAUCAAAUUUCUGUCAAUGGAUAAUAAGUGAAUUUAUUCAUGGAAUCUAAAUUUUUGUAGAAUGAGACGAUUUCCAUUGUUCAUUUAAUAAAAGAAUUAUAGAAGUAAAUAAGAAACAUACGAACAUUAAAGCUAUAUAAUUUUUUAAAUAAAAAUAAUGAAAGAUAUGGAAAUAAGAAAAAAUUUAGAUACAUCGCAUUUGAAUAACGAUCAAAUUCCAUUGGAUCUAAGUCAAAGAAUCAUUUCCAUCGAACAAGAUAAUUAUUCAGUUCAUUUGGAAACAAACAAUGGAAAUAAAUCUAACAACAAAGAAGUUGAUUUUACUUUAGCUUAUGUUGAUACCAGUAAUCAUAAUCAUAUACAAAAAAGAGAAAUAUUUGAACGAAGUCUGAUAGAUCAAGGAUUACAUUUAGAAUAUGAACAAAACCGUCAAUUGUGUUUCAUUAAAAUUUAUGCCCCAGAAGAAGUUCUAUGUAGAUACUGUGAAAUUAUGAAACUUCGAAUGCCAAUUAAGUCAGUGGGUAAUGAAGAUAUUAUAGAAGAAACAAAUAUAUUUGAUGAUGCAAGAUCAUGGCUUAUUAAAUUGUGCAGUUUUGCACAACUUGAUUCUUCUAAAUUUCCACCCACAGAGUUUAAAUUAGCAGCUGAAUAUUCCAGAGAUAAAGAUUACUUAUUUGAUACCAAGGACAAGAAUUUUUUUACUACACAUAUUCGUGUGAUGAUUGUAAAUUUUAUUUUGGAAAGACAGUGUGAAGGUAUUCAGCGUUUGUUAGCUGCUGGAGUUUAUACUGCUGCAUAUCCUUUGCAUGAUGGUACUAUCAAACAAAAAGGAACUACUAGAAAUUUACUUUUUGAAGAAUGGGCUUCAACAAAAAAAUGGAUAAAAUUGCAGCCAUUGGAUACAAUACGAGAAUAUUUUGGUGUUACUUUCGCCAUGUAUUUUGCAUGGCUAGGAUUUUAUACUUAUAUGCUUAUUCCAGCAAGUAUCGUUGGUCUUUUAUGUUUUUUUUAUGGUCUGAUAACUAUAAAUUCAAAUCAAUUAGCUGAAGAUGCAUGUAGUACUUGGGCCAAAGAUACUAUUAUGUGUCCCCAAUGUGAUAAGACCUGUGAUUUUUGGAGAUUAAGUGAAACUUGUUUAUUAACACGUGUAACGUAUUUAUUUGACAAUCCUGCUAUGAUCUUUUUUGCAGUUUUUAUGUCAGUGUGGUCUAUGCUUUAUAUUGAGUUAUGGAAACGAAGAGCAGCAGUAUUAAGCUAUCAUUGGGGAUUAGUUGGAUGGGAUAGAACAACAGAUUAUUCACGACCGCAAUAUUUGUCCACUCUUGCUAAAACGAAAAUAUUUAAAGUUAAAGAAAAAAUAAAUCCUAUUACAAAAGAAAAACAACCUCAUAUAAGUUUUUGGAAAGUACGAGUACCAGUGACAUUUUUUAGUUUUACCGUUGUCUUAUUAUUGACUGCUUUAGCACUUGCAGCGGUAUUUGCUGUUGUUUUAUAUCGAAUGGCAAGUAUUACUUCAACGUCACUAUUUGGACGGGAAGUCGAUUCAUUGAGUUAUAGAACAUUUGCGAUACCAGCAAUCGCAGCUGGAAUCAAUUUGGCUUGUAUUUUGGUACUUAAUUAUAUUUAUGAUUGGUUAGCUGUAUAUUUAACAGAAUUGGAAUUAUUAAGAACUCAAACAGAAUUUGAUGAUAGUUUAACUCUGAAAAUUUAUUUAUUCCAAUUUAUUAACUAUUACGCCUCGAUAUUUUACGUCGCCUUUUUGAAAGGUAAAUUUGUUGGAUAUCCUAAGAAAUACAAUAAAAUUCUCGGCUUUAGGCAAGAAGAAUGUUCACCUGGUGGAUGUUUAAUGGAACUCUCCAUUCAGCUAACUAUCAUUAUGGUUGGAAAACAAGCUGUGUAUACAGUGAUAGAAAUGAUUUUACCAAUUUUAUACAAGUAUUGGGCAUUAUUUCGUAUUCAUACCGGUCUUAAGCAGAAGGACCCUAUAGUUCCUCGUAGUCAAUGGAUACGUGAUUUAAAGCUUCUUGAUUGGAGUGCUAGAGGAUUGUAUGAUGAAUAUUUAGAAAUGGUCAUUCAGUUUGGAUUUAUAACACUUUUUGUGGUAGCCUUUCCAUUGGCUCCAUUAUUUGCUUUAGUAAACAAUGUAUUUGAAAUGCGUUUAGAUGCUGCAAAAUUUUUACGACACUACCGUAGACCUGUUCCGCGUCGGGCUCGUGAUAUUGGCAUUUGGGGACGUAUUCUUGAUACAUUAGCUCGUAUAUCAGUCAUGACAAAUGGGUUCAUAAUAGCAUUUUCUUCAACAUUUAUUCCUCGAUUAGUGUAUAUGAUUAAAGUUAACUCGGACAAAACAGAUAUUGGUUUUUUGAAUCAUAGUCUUGCCAUUUUUGAUACUAAAGAUUUUGCUAAUGGGACAGCACCUUUGUAUAGUUCCUUCAAUAAUAUAACUAUGUGUCGAUAUGCAGAAUAUCGAAAUCCACCUAAUCAUAUUGAACUACCAUAUAAAAGACCAACUAUAUAUUGGCAUAUUCUUGCUGCUCGACUAGCUUUUGUCGUAGUUUUUCAGAAUGUGGUUGGUGUCGUAACAAUGGCUGUGCAGUGGUGUCUAACUGGUAUACCACGAAAACUCGAAGCUCAAAUUAAACGAGAAGCCUUCUUAAUAGAAGACCUAACGAUAAAGCGCGAAUCCGAAAGAGUUAAUAGUAGGAUAUAUUUUAAUGAUCAACCAUUCAAUAGGAAUGAUGAUAAUUUGAGAAAUAGAAAAAUUUGUAUAGAUGACUCUGAUAACAAUGAUUUGUGAACUUUUAUAAGUUGUACCUUUUAA